CGGCCCCCCUCCCCACCUCCGGGAGGAGCUUCCUCUUCGCCACUAGACUUAAGUAAGGUUCUUGCUUACUGUUCUCUAAUCUUGGGAGCUGAACCCUCGUCAGAUUGGCAGCGGAGCACAGAAGUGAGAUCACUCUACCCUGUCCGCUCUGUGUGUCUGUGCAGAGGAGACAAUGACAGCUUCCUGUGUCCUGCUGCACACUGGGCAGAAGAUGCCCCUGAUUGGACUAGGCACCUGGAAGAGUGAGCCUGGCCAGCUAAAAACAGCUAUUAAGUAUGCUCUGAGUGUCGGCUACCGCCACAUCGACUGCGCUGCUAUCUAUGGCAAUGAGCCAGAGAUCGGAGAGGCCCUGAAAGAGAAUGUUGGACCCGGCAAGGCACUGACUCGGGAGGAAAUAUUUGUGACAUCCAAGCUGUGGAACACGAAACACCACCCUGAGGAUGUGGAGCCUGCCCUUCGGAAGACACUGGCUGACCUUCAACUGGAGUAUUUGGACCUGUACCUGAUACACUGGCCUUAUGCCUUUGAGCAGGGAGACAAUCCCUUCCCUAAGAAUGAUGAUGGAACUAUCCGUUAUGAUUCCAUCCACUACAAGGAGACCUGGAAGGCCAUGGAGGCUUUGGUGGCCAAGGGACUAGUGCGGGCACUGGGCCUGUCCAACUUCAGCAGCCGACAGAUUGAUGAUGUGCUUAGUGUGGCCUCUGUGCGCCCAGCUGUCCUUCAGGUGGAAUGCCACCCAUACCUGGCUCAAAAUGAGCUGAUUGCCCACUGUCAAGCACGCGGCCUGGAGGUGACUGCUUACAGCCCUCUGGGGUCUCCUGAUCGUGCUUGGCGAGAUCCUAAGGAGCCUGUCCUGCUUGAGGAGCCAGUGGUCUUGGCAUUGGCUGAGAAGUAUGGACGGUCCCCAGCUCAGAUCUUGCUCAGGUGGCAGGUCCAGCGGAAAGUGAUCUGCAUCCCCAAGAGUGUCACACCUUCCCGUAUCCUUCAGAACAUCCAGGUGUUUGAAUUUACCUUUACUUCAGAAGAGAUGAAGAAAAUUGAUGCCCUGAAUAAAAAUUGGAGAUACAUCGUGCCCAUGCUUACAGUGGAUGGGAAGAGAGUUCCAAGAGAUGCUGGGCACCUUCUGUAUCCUUUUAAUGACCCAUACUGAGACUGCAGCUUCAUUUCCAGCACUCCAGUGACAAGAUACUGCCACCCCCAGAAAGAGAAAGUUAAUAAAUCCAUUGGAACAUCCA